AUGCCGCCACCGAGCUCCUCGGCGGCGCUGCGCCACCGAGCGCACAUCAUUGCCACCUCCGUCGAGGAGCAGGAGGCGGCGCUCAAGGAGUGGCGGGCGCGGGCGCGGCAAAACAGUGAGACGCUGCAUCGCCUCCACUCCAAAAUUGACGCGCAUAAGAAAACUGCGGAAACGGUGAAGCGCGGGGGACGCUGGCUUGCGGAGUGUGCCUCCCUCCAGCGGGAAUCCGUCUCCUGCGAGCUGGACCUGGGCAAAGCGUAUGCCUCCUGCACGCACCUGCUGCCAGAGUCGCUCAGGAGCGAAUUGGCGGCGCAGGAGGCGGAAACCAUGCGACUCUUGAACUCCCUGAGUGAAAGUGUCAUGUCCGUGCGAAAGGAGCUGCAGGGGCUGCAUCGACAGGCAGAAGAGCCGUCGCGGCAGACGCUGGAGGCGCUUGCAAAAAGACUCUCCGGGCUACGCAAGGAGCUUCUGAAGAAGAAGGAGGCGACAGCCGUGGAGGCGGAAAAAAUCCUCUCCGAGGACGCGAGCAAUGAAGGCGGCCAGGACGCCGCAAUGGAGGCGCUUCAGAGUUUGGUGCAGGCAAGGAUGGAGACCUUUGAAGGACUCUGCGGGUUGAGCGAUGGGACGCUACACGCCGCGCUGGUGGAGACGUACCGAAGUGCGCUGCAGACGGCGGGGACAGACGCCGUCUCCCAGGCGGCGACAGCAGCAGCGGCGGGCAGAGGGCAGAAGGGCGACCCCACGCUUACCCCAGCCGAGCUGCGCACGGUUGCACUGCUACUAAAAACAUACGACGGCGAAAUGGCAUCCGGCGCCACCGCAGCUGCCAUCUCCGACGAGCUUUGCGACCGCGUCCGGCGGGCCGUUCCGCGUUUUUCCAAGGCAGCGGCGCGACGGGCCGUGGAUGAGGUGCUGCGGCAGAAGCGAGACCGCGUCUACGUGCGCUCCGUCACACUUCAGUACAAUAAAAAGACCACGGAGCUGCUCGAGUCAUUUAAGAAGGCCAUGACGGCUGAGGAUGAGAUUGUGCAGAUGCGCAACUCCAUGAAGGACGAGGCGAGAAUGCGUGAGGAACGCCAAGCGAAGACGCAGCAGGAGCUUGAGCGGCUUCGCGGGGCCCGUGAGGCGAAGGACGCAUUGCGCCGCGCGGAAGAAGAGGCGACACGGAUGGAGGAGGAGGAAAAGCAGCAGCAGGUACUUCGUGCUCGGGAAGCGGAGUUUCAAGAGCGUCUGGGCCGGUUGCGGGUGUACCAGCAACAACAGCGGGAGCUGCAGGAGAAGGAGCGUGCUGUCCAGCAGGCGAUUGCGGAGGAGGCGGCACUGCAGAAGGCAAUUCAGCAGGAGCACAACGCCAAACGCGUGGAGGAGCGGAAAAAGGAAUACGCGGAAAAGCGUCGCCUACGCCGGAAACAACAAGAAGAGAUAGAUGAGUUGAAUAGGGCGCACCAAAGAACACUGGAGGCCUUUUUCAAGGGUGUCGAGCGGCGCCUUGGGGUGACGUGUGACGCCGAAAGAGUUCUUCAGCCCACCACCUCCAGCCAGCAGGAGGUCCCAUUCGUUUCCUUCGCGGAGGCUGCGCAAUGCAAGCUGCGCGGGUACACCGUGGAGGAUGUCAUGCGCGACCCACGGGUUCGUCUGCAACUUGCCUUGUUGGAGGCGGGAUUGCACCAGACACCAUAUGGGAGGGAGGUAAUCUCUAGAGGCUACCAUGUGCCUGCGGCUCAGCGAGCGAGCGAGGACAACCCACUGCGCUUGGAGUACUAA